AUGACCGGCCCAAAGGCUUACCUCGUCUACUCCAGCAGUGUGGCAGCUGGCGCCCAGAGUGGUAUUGAAGAAUGUAAAUACCAGUUUGCUUGGGACCGCUGGAACUGCCCCGAGAGAGCUCUGCAGCUGUCCAGCCAUGGCGGACUCCGCAGUGCUAACCGGGAGACAGCGUUUGUACACGCCAUCAGCUCUGCUGGAGUCAUGUACACCCUGACGAGAAACUGCAGCCUUGGAGACUUUGACAACUGUGGCUGUGAUGACUCCCGAAAUGGACAACUGGGAGGCCAAGGCUGGCUCUGGGGAGGCUGCAGUGACAACGUGGGCUUCGGAGAAGCAAUUUCCAAGCAGUUUGUGGAUGCCCUGGAGACAGGACAGGAUGCCCGGGCAGCCAUGAAUCUGCACAACAAUGAGGCUGGCCGUAAGGCGGUCAAGGGCACCAUGAAACGCACGUGCAAGUGCCACGGCGUGUCUGGCAGCUGCACCACGCAGACGUGCUGGUUGCAGCUGCCGGAGUUCCGGGAGGUGGGCGCGCACCUGAAGGAGAAGUAUCACGCGGCGCUCAAGGUGGACCUGCUCCAGGGCGCGGGCAACAGCGCGGCGGGCCGUGGCGCCAUCGCCGACACCUUCCGGUCCAUCUCCACGCGCGAGCUGGUGCACCUAGAGGACUCCCCCGACUACUGCCUGGAGAACAAGACCCUGGGGCUGCAAGGCACCGAGGGCCGAGAGUGUCUGCGGCGCGGACGCGCCCUGGGCCGCUGGGAGCGGCGCAGCUGCCGCCGACUGUGCGGGGACUGCGGGCUGGCGGUGGAGGAGCGCCGCACCGAGACGGUGUCCAGCUGCAACUGCAAGUUUCACUGGUGCUGCGCGGUCCGCUGCGAGCAGUGCCGCCGGCGGGUCACCAAGUACUUCUGCAGCCGUGCCGAGAGGCCGCCGAGAGGCGCUGCGCACAAACCUGGGAAGAAACCCUAAGGGUCUCCUCCUGCCUCCUUCCCUGUUCGUCCCCGGAAAUAGAGGGACCCAGAUUGGGGACCUCGCACUCCCUAGCCCAGCGAUCCUGACAGGCAGAGGCCGCGGUCUCCAUCGAGUGCCACUUCUAAACUGUUUCCCGGAUUCCUCUGCAUGGUCUUCGUAGCUCACUCUUAGGUCUCAAAACUGUUCUAAAAUUCUGCACAGUUCCUGAGAGAAGGACGAAAACAGGCGAUUCUCCUCAUCUCACCCUACCCUACCCCGGACCCGAGCUGUUUUAAUACUGGACCUAGUUUACCGGGCCGGGCUGAGGAAAGAACCCUCUCAGAUACGCAGAGUCCAGGUAAAGACAUGGCCCUUCUGCCCACCUCAGCUGCACCUCCCUCCCAGGAACCAGAGCCUCUAGGGCCUACAGUCUAGACGUAGAUCCCGAGGUUGACGCCUCAGGAAUCUAACACUUUGUCUUCCCAUUUCUCUA